AAUGCUCAAGGGGUACUCGACCCACUGUUAACAAACCGCUGGUUUAUUGUAAUCAUAACAGGGCUUUUAUUCUGAAAUCAUCUUUUUUGUGUAAAAAAAAUCUUGGCUUCCUGUGCUAAGAUCAUGGAUGUGGAAGUGGUAAGUUUCCGUUUGCCUGGACAUGGAGACACCACCCUAAAUAACAUGAACUCCCUGCGGUCGCAGCAGCACUUCUGUGAUGUCACCAUUGUGGCAGGCGGCAGACGCAUGUUCAGAGGUCAUAAGGUUGUGUUGGCGGCUUGCUCUGUGUUUCUCAGGGACCAGUUUCUCAUGAACCCCACAUCAGAGCUACAGGUGUCAAUGUUGCACAGCUCAGCGGUGGUAUGUGAACUCCUCCAGUCCUGUUAUACAGGGAUACUGCAGUUCAGUGCCAAAGAGAUUGUGAACUAUAUGACUGCUGCCAGCUACCUGCAGAUGGAGCAUGUGGUGGAGAAAUGCAGAGGGGCUUUGAGCCAGUACAUGCAGCCCCAGAGCUGCUCCCCAGUCUUGAUGUCAAACAAGUCUGUACAGACUGUAAAAUCAGAUGAUUCUGAAUCUAUGCCAGUGAUUGUCAGUGUUCGAGGAUCAGAUUCAUCCAGCCACUUCGAGACCGAGGACGGGUAUGGGAGUGAUGUCUAUCAAGUCAUAAUUGAUGAACCAGAGAAGACCCCUGAUGCUGAAGAGGAAAACCGAGAAACUGCAUCAGAAGACCUCUGUCAGCUGGACAUGGGUAUAGAGGAGCCUAAUAUGGAGGUACAAGCUAAAUACAAUGACCUCCAAGAGGAACAACAGUACAGUGAGCGCAAGGGAAUUAAAGGAAGAGGGUUAAAACGCAGGAAGCGUUACGUAUUUAAGAAGGACCGCACAUCCUUGGGUAACUAUCAGGAUAGCUGGUGCUUUCAGACAGCAGAAGAGAUCAUGGGUAAGUCAGAAACAGAUUUUCAGGCUGAUUAUCAGUCCAAUCAGCAUCUCACAGACUGUUCUGUUCACACCGAGUACAAGAAUGAGGGAGGACCAGGAGAAGAUAUAGGCUCUGAUGGAGGUCCUGCACACUUCAGUGUGGAAGCUUCAAGCGGAGAAGAAGAAUUGGGAAUCGGAACGCCUUCGAAUGAGCGCGGAGCUGCCGAUGAAUCUGUGGUGGGUUCCACAUCCAAUGUAACUGGGCCAGUAGUGUGUGAGCAGUGCGGAUUGGCAUUUUCCUCUACACAGGACUUGGCGAUGCAUUCCUUAUCAGCACACCAGCAGUAUAUCUGUCCGUGCUGUAGGAAGCAGUUCAGCAACUCCAGGAAUCUCAACCGCCACAUGCUCCUCCAUCGAGAUAAUUCCAAGCUCCCUUGCUGUCCCCUGUGCCACAAGACCUUCACUCAGAAGUCAACAAUGUACGACCACAUGAACGUGCACAGCGGGGAGCGCCCGUACGUGUGCGCAUACUGCCCCAUCAGCUUUGCACACAGGUCUGCUCUGCGUCGCCACCUGUUGGAGCAACAUGGAAAAACUAUGCCCCAAAACCACCAGGAAAUGCAGCGAAAUAAGCAUAGCAUUGGAGAAGGACUUUAGAUCACUUUUUUAUAGUUAAUGUUAAAAUGAAAAUACAAAUUGACCGUGAUUUCUAGAAACAAAUAUUGCUUUCUAUAAUGUGUAAAACGCUAUGCAUUUGAGUGCUUUAGCCUGAAGAGACUGACUGACAUUAUACGCGCUUUUAAGGAUAUUUUUCGGAAAAUGGAAAUUCUGUCUGUGCGCUUUUGCUUCCUGUUGUUUCAAACUUGUAUGAAUGUCUUGAAUUUGAAUCACAACUGCAUGUCAAAAGCCACCUUUCAGAGAUAACACACUACCAUGUGAACUUGGAAACCCAUAUACUACCGUUGAUCCAAUUCACCUAUACUGCAUGUCUUUGGGAGAAACCCACGCAAACAUGGGGAGUACAUGGAAGCUAGACACAGAAAUAACUUCUGGCUCAGCUGGGAUUCGAAUUAGUGACCUUCUUGCUGUGAGGCGACAAUAAUAAUAAUAAUAAUUCCUUACAUUUCUAUAGCGCUUUUUUAGAUACUCAAAGUGCUUUACACAAUGGGGGGAAUAUCCUCAUCCGCCACCAGUGUGCGGCAUCCACCUGGAUGACGCGACGGCAGCCAUAUUGCGCCAGACCACACACCAGCUGAUUGGUGAAGAGGAGACCGAGUGAUGAAGCCAAUUAUGAUAUAGGGAUGGUUGGGAGUCCAUGAUGGACAGAGGCCAGUGGGCAAAUUAGGCCAGGAUGCUGGGGUUAAACCCCUACUCUUUCUGACAUCCUGGGAUUUUUAAUGACCACAGAGAGUCUGGACCUUGAUUUAACGUCUCAUCCGAAAGACUGCACUCACUUAAGCAGUAUAGAGUCCCCAUCAAUAUACUGGGGCGUUAGGACCCAUACAAACCGCAGGUUAAGCGCCCCCUGCUGGCCUCACUAACACCACUUCCAGCAGCAACCUAGCCCUGCUUAGCUUCAGUGGGCGGUCAUGUGAGAGUUGCAGAGAGCUAGCUGUCAGUCCCUUUUAGCAAGCAAAGAAGCAUUCUUACAUGGUACAAAGGUGAAACCCCUUAGGGCGUACUCACACUAUGUACAGUUGCCUUGAACCGGGCCGAAGCACGCUUGUCUCCCCUCCCGCCUCCCCCGACGGCCUGCACUCAUAUUGCAUUCGGGCCUGAGCACACUUGCGUCAUCGAUGAUGCACUGUUCGGUAAGUGCUCUCGCUCAGCAAAGUGGAGAUUUCUGUAUAUCGUUUUUAGUUGUUUGAUAUGCAGUGACACGCAGUCAAAUAUUUCGCCGAUCAGAUCAGCCACUUUUAACGCUCAUAAACAAUCAUAAAGUCCUCAUGCUGCAGGAAUUAGGAGGUUUGCUGAAGGUGCAGUGAGGGGUUCGCGUCUUUAACAAUCUAUGACCGUUUGUGUUCAUUGAUCAGUAAGAAUGAUUAAUAAACACAUAUGAAACAGUGCCUUAAAUGUCACGUCUCGUCUUCAUUUUGGGGCUCAGGCGCGCUUUGCACUCACACUACAAGUGUACUGCGCCAAAGCCCGAAGUGAACCCCGCUCUGGCACACCUCUUCGAGCCGGGCCAGUGCCGGCCAACUGAACUAUGCCUGAGCCCGAUUCAGAGCACUCACACUUCUCAAACGAUCUGGGAAAUGGCCCUGGGCACGGUUCGGAUAGCAUAGUGUGAAUACGCCCUUAUAAACCUUUAUUUUUAAGUGUGAGAAACUCUUUAAAUGUUCAAUGCUAACCACUGAGCAACCAUGCCACCCCUUUCAGAGAUAUAUUGACAUCAUUCCUUUUGGCAUUUAUGGUUCCACAAAGAAACGUAAAUGUCCCAGGAACAUUCAAGGAGUUUCACACUCUUAAAACUAAAGUUUCAUAAAGGGGUUUCACCUUUGCACCAUGUAAGAACGCUUUUCUACUUGCUAAAAGGGAUAGUUCACCUAAAAAUGAAAAUUCUCUCACAGUUUACUUAACUUUUUUCUGUUAACGAUGUUCUUAAGAAUGUUGGAAACCAGCAGCAAUGGGGUAUAUACUUUUAAUUUCAGUCAGCCAGCCCCAGGGCUUCUGGUUAAUUGUCAUCCCAUCCAAAAUUGCUGCGUUUAAGAUCUGAUUUCUUUAAAAAAAAAAAAAAAGCGAUCUUCACUGCCUGGCUGAGAGGCCAUAUAAACAAGAAGCACUUCAUUAAAUUAUAUUUUUCCGCACCAUGUCUUUAAAAUAUGGAAAGUAAUUUUAGCUGCGGAUAAUGAUGGUGCCUGCGUUUAAAUGGUCUUACGUCUCUUUUUAGGCUUUAACAACCAAAUGGAUGCUUAAGUCCAUUUAACUGAUAUUUGAAUUACAUUACAACAUAGAUACUGUAAAACAUGGGUCUCAAACUCGAUUCCUGGAGGGCCGCAGCUCUGCACAGUUCCAACCCUAAUCAAACACAACUGAUCCAACUAAUGAAGGAGUUCAAGACUACUAGAUACUAUUAAGCAGGUGUGAGUUGGAGGUAGUUGGAGCUAAACUAUGCAGAGCUGCAGCCCUCCAGGAAUUGAGUAUGAUAAAAGGAACCUUAUGAAAUUAAAAUAAAGCUCUAACCGGAAAUUCAUCAUUGGCUGAAAAACACUAGCUGUGCAUAUAGCCCAACCUCAAAGAACAAAGAACACUGAAAUGGCUGCUUCUUUUUAACAAUCUUCAAAAUAUCUUGUUUUGUGUACAACGGAAGAAAGAAAUUCAAGAAGGUUUGGAAAAAGUGGGGGGGUAAAUGAUGACAGUGAACCUUUCAGUGAACCAUAUUUUGUUAUAUAAGGAAACAUCUACUAUAAUCGUCUCUAAACAGAAUGAAAAACUCUUACUUUAAGCUACAGUACGUAAUGUGCACAGCUGUUUUCAGCCCAUACUUCCUUACUUUUGUUUCUCCACAUUUUUUUAUCUUAUUCUAAACCAUAGCCAGAAACGUUCUUUCUCUAAUUUUGAGAUUAUAAACCGAGCCGAUCAAUCAAUUCCACAGUUUUCUGUAGAUUUUGUAUAGAUAUUUUCCUUGACAACAAACCUUCAGAUCAAAUGGCAGUCCUCCAUUCAUUUUCUUUGUAUUCAUUGGCUUCUACUCGUUUUAAAUUGUUUCCGUCCCUUAUUCCCAUGGAAUGAUGAGCUCCAACCUUUUAAGUUUCCUGGAGGAUCGUAACAGUUUGUUUAUUGUGAUGAACUUGGAUGGAAGUUUUAGCUCCUGGCUUGUAUCCAGAGCACAUCAGCUGAUCACCACAGGUGUACUUCAGGGACCUCCUCCAGAUGUGCUACAUAUUUUACAAGCAUAUGAUUUUGCCUACUAUUGCUUUGCUGAUGACACGCAGCUCCUUUAUGUUCAACCACAGUCCCAUGGUAGUUGCGUGGAUCUUGCAAUGUCUAGCAGAUAUCUCAUCUUGAAUGAGAGAAAAUCUUCUGUAACUCUACUAAAUGGAUUUUCUUGUCCUCCCAAGCCACUAUGAUGCUAUAGCACUGUUUCACCAUACAGAUAGCAUCAUUAAUAAUAAUCCCUCUGAGAUCAGCAAGAAAUGUUGGGGUUGAUGAACUUCAAAGACCAUAUUGCAAUGACAGCUUGCUCAUAUGAGUACACCACCACUGGAAGACUGCAGUUUAGCUGGAUAUACAGAGAGAGACACAAAAUCCCUUUCCAGAAUGUUUUUGUUCCCUGUUCCUUGCUGUUGGACUUCCUUUUGUAGGUACAAGUAGUGGCAUCUAAUAUUUAAAAAGCUAAGAAGCUUAUGCAAAACCAGAGGCGUUUGACAGGUCUAGCCAGAAUACAUAGAUUUAGCAUUCUUGGAAGACUGGGUCUGCUCUCAUAUUAUGGAUGCAUGUUUUCACACACCCAGACAACCAGACAUCCUCUUCGCUGUGACACAAACUAAAAUCUUCUGAAUAUUUAAUGGAGCGAAUCUUAAAAACUGAGAGUAGUACCCUCUGUGGGUAUGCACAGCUUUUUUUUAAUACAAAAAUACAUGUAUACAUAUCUCAUUUCGCUAUAGCACUUUUCACCAUUGACUUUUUCCACCACUUGCCUAAUCUGGUGUACAUCAGGUUCCACUGCAGCCACUUGUGAUUGGUGAGGUGUCAUCAAUUGUGGUAUUUUUUAAGUUUGUACUUUGCAACAUAUUUCUGUCUUAAAGAUGCUGUAUGUGACCUUUAUUUUUGUUUAAAAUGAACUAAACUUAUUGAAUAAAUAAGAACA